UCUUAUCAUCAUCCCCAUUCCAACUCAUCUUACAACCAAAAACCACCUCCCAAUCUUCACACAGCAAUCAUGUCUUACGGCGGCAACGACGACUCAAACUACGGUUCCUCCCGCAGGGACAACGAGGACAGCUACGGCACCUCUGGAACCACCGGCGGCUUCGGCUCCUCCACCCGCGACAACGAGGACUCGUACGGCUCCUCGCGCCGUGACAACGACAACGACAACAGCUUCGGCUCCUCCACCCGCCGCGAUAAUGACGACUCGUACGGCUCCUCCAACACUGGCCGCAGCGGCAAUGACUCCACCUACGGCUCAUCUACCCGUCGUGAUAACGACACUUCGGACAGCUAUGGCUCAUCGGGCCUGAGCUCAUCUCGCAAGGACAACGACACCUCUGAUAGCUACGGCUCGUCCCGCAAGACAGACAACGACUCCUACGGCUCCGGCAACAAGAGCUCGUCCUACGGAGACGACUCCACCUCCUCUAAUCUCGCCGGCGGCGAUUCUCUGUCGUACGGCAACACCAGCUCCAGCCGUCGCGACAACGACAACUCGGAUAGCUACGGCUCCUCCGGCAACACGGGCUCCUACGGAUCCUCCCGCAAGGAUAACGACAACGACAAUAGCUACGGCUCCUCCACCACCCGCCGUGACAACGACGACAGCUUCGGAUCGUCAGGCAACACUGGCUCCUACGGCUCCUCCCGCAAGGACAACGACACCUCGGACAGCUACGGCUCUUCCGGCAACACGGGCUCCUACGGCUCUUCCCGCAAGGACAACGACAACGACAACAGCUACGGAUCGUCUGGCAACACAGGCUCGUACGGCAGCAGCAGGGACAACGAUACCUCUGACUCGUACGGCAGCAGCAACAACAACAACAACAACAAGAGCGGCGACAGCAAGGUCGGCAAGUUCCUCGAGAAGGCGGGCGACUUGCUCAACAGCGACAAGCUCGAGUCCAAGGGCCAGUCGAAGCGGGAGAACGCCGGGUACGGAAACAACAACGAUGACUACUAGGUGCUUCUAGUAGCUUUCUCGUGGUUUGUACCGGAAUGUUGGUGGUGGAAAAUAUUAGUGUCUUGAAGAGGAUGCUUCCUGUGUAGGAGCCCUCUCUCAUCUUUGAUGAUGAUUAUGUACUAGCGAGCUCUGAAUGAGAUAUUAAUACCAUUUGAACACUACUCUC